AUGAUAAAGAGCAACUUUAACAAGUAUAAGCCAUUUUACUCCAUUCCCAAUGCGAUCACAAUCCUACCCGAACUUUGCGAGUUGAACACGUAUAACUCAUUUGGAUGGAUUGCUAAUCCGAUUGCAAUCCACUGGACAAUGCGCUGGCAAUCGUGGGAUCGGAUUUUAAUUGUUCAAACUCACCCACAUCCACCGGAAACUGAUGAUGACGAUCGAUGUAUGUGUAUCAGUGAUGCUUCGAAUCAUCGUGUAGUGAAAAUAUUCUUCGGUACAACGAGCGGUGUCGUUUUUGCUGGCGGAAAUGAGAUAGAUCAACUAAAUAAUCCAGCAGAUGUGAUUCUCUAUAACUGGUCUCGUAUUAUUGCUUUUGAUCGACAAAAUUUGAUCUCUUUUAUUCACUGUUACGGUAUAGCCAUGGAUAAUGAUGAAAAUUUUUAUGUUAGUGAUUAUCACUAUCAUGUUGUCAGACGUUGGAAACAUGGAGAAGCAGAUGGCACAAAAGUAGCUGGUAGAAAUGGGGAUGUAUCUCUUUUAAAUCAACUUCACUCUCUUCCUUUCAUUUUCGUCGAUCGAAAUGUUUCAGUUUCUUUAGCAGAUACUUUUAACAGUCGAAUAAUGAAAUGGAUAGAAGAUGCACAAGAAGGUAUAGUUGUUGCUCGUCCAAGAUUUUCUGCGGGGAGCCCUACCCGUGAAAUUCAUGUUGCCGGAGUGAUUGUUGAUCUUAUGGGAAACGUCUAUGUGUCAGAUGCCGACAAUUGCGAAAUCACACGUUGGACUCCAGGAACACUCAUUGAUGAAAUCGUUGCCAAACAAUAUAAAGUUAAGGAAAACGAUGAUAUCUCGUGUGAUCUCGCCAAGAUAGCAUUUGAUCGGCAGGAUAAUCUUUAUGUUGUCAACACACACAACCAUUGA